AUGCAAUAUCGUGAGAUACAUGGACGAACGUAUACCCAAAGAUCAGAAUAUUGGGGCCCGAACGAUGAAAGACAGAGUGAAGCUCUCGACUUCAACCACUUCUGGAUUACAGACUUUUUCGACGGCAGAUUAUUCCAUGCUCCCAUUGAUGACCAUCCUCAGAGAAUCCUCGACAUGGGUACCGGUACAGGUAUAUGGGCCAUAGACAUGGCCGAUCAAUAUCCCUCCGCCGAGGUUACUGGAGUCGAUCUGUCACCCAUCCAACCCACUUGGGUACCGCCUAACCUGAAGUUUCAAAUCGACGACUUUAACCAAGAAUGGACGUGGCCGAAAGAUCACUUUGACUACAUCCACGGACGCAACCUUGAAGCUUGCUUCACUGACCUGCCGACGACAAUGAAGGAGGCGUACAACCACACUAAACCGGGCGGGUAUAUUGAGUUCCUGGAGUUCGAAUCACAAGCCCGAUCACAGGUCGCGGAACUGCCAGAAGAGCACAUCUACAGGACUUGCUAUACGGCCUUGAUUACUGCUGCGAAUAAGCUCGGAAAACCGGGAGAGAACGUACGGACGGGUGCGCUUCAGAGGGCGCUAGAGCAGGCUGGCUAUGUUGAUCUCGUGCAUCACAGGUGGAAAAUUCCGAUUGGCGGCUGGUGUGCCGAUCCAAAGCUUAAACAACUGGGCUGGACCAUUCUCGACUUCUUGAGCGACUCCUUGGAAGGGUUCGGGCUCUACUUGCUGAAGGAAGUUGCCGGCUUCAGUUACGAGAAGUGCCAGGUCAUGUUUAGCGAAUACAGGGCUGCGAUGCGAGAUCCGAGGUUGCAGUCAUUUUACUACAUGCACGUCAUCUAUGCUCGCAAACCGGAAGUCUCAAAAGAGAGAAAGGCAGCGAUCGCCAAGGAAUCUCAAUCUCAUGACACAACAACGGCGGUAUGA